AACCCGAACCAACCAAGUGCUUUCUCUUCUCCAUCACCUUGACCCGGUUGUCCAAACCCCCAAAAACCCUCUCUCUCUCUCUCUCUCUCUCUCACUACACACUCACUGUGACUGCAAUGGCGUCGCUGAAGCUUCUUCUCUCUCAAGCUCGCCGCCACUGUUUCACCAACCACCCUUCCCAUUUCCACUCUCCCCUUUCUCAUCCCUUCAGAUCCUUCUCUUCUUCCUCCGAAUCAAACCCUCUCUUCCAACAACCCAUUCCAAUCCAACCCGUCUCCUACCCCGUCAAACCUCAAGACCCGCCUCCACCUGAACCCGAAUCCCAACCUUCCUCCGACACUCAACCUCCUCCACCGCCUCCUCAAGCUUCUAACACCCCCAUCCCCGAACAACCACGCGCCUGGACGCGCGAGGAUAUUCGCUAUGUAAAAGACGCGCCGUCAAUAACUCCGGUUUCUUAUCCUGUGAGAGUGGCGCCACUUCCCGACGAUAAGGCACCAGUGGAUGUCGAUGCAAUGGAGACUGAGAGGAGGAAAAUUGAGGCGGAGGAUCAGCUGAGGAAGAAAAUGAUGAAAUCUGUGGAAGAUGAAAAAAUGAAGGUUCCUUUUCCUUUGUUCAUUAAGCCUAAGCAAAAGGAGAAACCUCCUCUUUUUGAUUUGUCUGAAGCCAUUCGCCAAGUUAAGGCCAAUGCCAAGGCAAAGUUUGAUGAAACUGUUGAAGCACAUGUAAGAUUGGGCAUUGAUUCAAAGCGAACAGAACUGGCAGUUCGUGGUACUGUGAUUCUGCCUCAUGGUGCCCCUAAGGCUGUUACUGUGGCUGUUUUUGCAGAAGGGGCAGAGGCAGAGGAAGCAAAAGCUGCCGGAGCUGAUAUAGUUGGUGGUAAAGAGCUUAUUGAGGAGAUUGCUAGUGGUAAUAAUAAGCUCAAAGUUGACAAGUGCUUCUCCACUCCUGGAAUGGCACCACAUCUUGGAAAGAUAGCACAAUAUCUCAGAAAGCGGAGACUGAUGCCAGACAAGAAACUAGGUACUCUGACUAGUGAUAUUGCUGGGCAGUUGAAAGAGCUAAGACAGGGUCGCAUUGAGUUUAAAAUGGAAAGUAAAUCAAUUUUGCAUGUGGGAGUUGGAAAGGUAAGCUACAAAGAAGAGAAUUUACGGGAGAAUAUUGGUGCAUUUAUGAAUGCUGUAUUGCAAGCAAAGCCUGCUGGCUUAAAGAAGACUUCUAAAUAUGCCGGGUACGUGCUGUCUGUCCAUAUAUGCAGCACGAUUGGCCCAGGUAUACCUGUAUCAAUACAGUCGUUAUCCAAAGCAGCAGAUAACUAUAAGAAAGCGCAUAUGGUAUAAAUCACGUGGAUACAGGCAGGCUUUCGACGUGAAAGUGAAUUUUGAUGAAUCAUAUGUUGCUGUAGUUUUUUGUUCAUUACCAUUGAUUUUGUAAGGUUUGUUGUGUGAUAUAGGUGGCAAUAAGUAAAUCAAAUAUUACAUUUUUUGUAGUAGCUAGAUGAACUUUUUGGUCGUGUUCUCUUGGUUCAUGUUGCUCAUUGUAACACUGAAUAUAUAGCUUACUAAAUUUAUUCUUAGUAAUGUUGAGCUAACCCCUUGAUUCUUAGUAAUGAAAAAACCAUGCUUUACUGAUGCGGUGGAAA